GGCCGCCAUCCUCCUCCUCCUCCCGCCAUGUCGGCGGGGCCGCCCAAGGGCUUCUCGGUGGAGCUGCGUCUGAGCGGGGAGGACGAGGGCGCGCGGCGGCGGCAGCGCUCGGGGCCCUUCGUCUUCACCUACACGGCCGAGGGCAGCCUGCGCUACUCGGCCAAGCCGCUCUUCGGCCUGGCGCUGGCCUACGUGGCGGCGCGCGUGGAGCGGCUCGACUCGCUCGUCGGCUUCCCCGAGCCCGUGGCCGAGCAGCUCUUCGCGGCCGCCGAGGCCCGGCGCAAGUUCGCGGAGCCCGGCGACGGCCUGCGCGCCCUGCGCACCUUCACCCGCGCCUACGGCGCCCGCGUCCUGCGCGCCCUCUGCCUCCGCGGCAGAUACCUGGUUAUUUCUGAAAAACUUGAAGAAAUUAAAUCUUUCAGAGAACUGACCUGCUUGGAUCUUUCCUGCUGCAAACUUGGAGAUGAACACGAAUUGCUAGAACAUCUCACCAAGGAAGCUCUAUCCAGUGUAACAAGGCUCCUCCUGAAGGAUAACUGUUUAUCUGAUGCAGGCCUUCGCAAAAUGACAGCACCAGUACGAGUAAUGAAAAGGGGACUUGAAAAUCUUUCUGUGCUAGAUUUGUCUUGUAACCCUAAAAUCACUGAUGUAGGAAUUGGAUAUCUUCUUUCCUUCAGGAAGUUAAAUUGCUUGGACAUAUCUGGAACAGGUCUCAAGGACGUUAAGGCAGUUGUUCAGAGGAUCGAGGUACAGCUGGGCCUUGUCCAUUCAAAAGUACCACUGAAAGAAUUUGAUCAUAGUACCUGCAAAACAGAGGGAUGGGCAGAGCAGACCAUUUUGCAGUGGGAACAGUUGGUCAUGGAAGCCAUCAAGCCGAAAAAAAACUUGCAGUGCAGAAGAGCAGCUAGACAUUUCUAUGGAAAGAGAUGCAGAAUAGAAGAACAAGUCACAUGCACGUUGGUGGAGGUGGAAACAAAAGCAACUGGAAACCUGCAGUUCUAUAAGGAGAAAACACAAAACUGCCAUGCCCCUUUGUUGAAAAAGGAGGCUGCAGUUAGCCAUGAAUUGAAGAAAAAUAAAAAGAGAGUUUUGGCUGAACAAGAGACAGAACGGACCUCAAAGCACAUGUGCCUCACCAUGGAAGACUGGGACUUGCUGAAUAGCUAUUGAUUCAGAAAAAAGUUUCUUUCAUGGCUGUUAUAUCAAACUGGAUUCUCACGUGGAGAAAGGAGACUGACGUUAUCCAGAUGAUCUGCUCAUGAUGGCAUGGCAGCAAAUUAAUUUCUGCCCACGGUGCAGUAGGGAAGUGCCAGAGUGAAGGAGGAGGGACAAUGGGGAUUCUAAUGUAUAUUUUCAAUACAUAAUAAUUUUUCAAAUAAA